AUGACACAGAGAGCGGAGACAGAACAGGUUUGCGGUCUCCUAAUGGCUCCAGCUAAUGCACUGGAUCCACUUAGCGCAAUCUUUUAUCUCCAAGGUGCAGGUUGUCACUGGACAGCGGUACUGUUCUUCAGGACUGGAGACACGUUAGCAUUUACAGAAGAUACAAAAGCCUUCCGCAAUCCUGCGCAGAUCGGGAUAUUGAUAUACGGAGGCAAAGCAAAGCUGACCUCGAAGAAGAAGGAGGUUGAAGGAUACUCUGCCCGAUUACGGUGUUGUCGUUCCAUCUGCGGAGACUGGAGGAAGACAAUAAGGAUAUACGAGUACUGUAUUGUACCUCACACUUACCUUGACUCAUCCAAGGUUAAACUCCAUGGAGGGAAGAGUGAAGCGAGGAAUCGGAGAGAAUAA